GGCAUCCGCGGGCCAUCGCCGCCGCGCGCUGCUGACGCCGCCGAGCUCGCGGGCGGCUGCGCGGGCGGGCGCCUCUCCCGCGAGCGCCCGGCGCGCCCCUCUCCCGGAGCCGCCGCCAUGUUCCGGCGGGCCCGUCUCACCGUGCGGCCCAACGUGCGCCCCCCGGGCAGGGCCGCCGCCGCCGCCGCCGCCGCCGCUGGCGUGGUGGACCCUGAGCCGGCGGAACCCCCAGGUUCGGACACCCCGGCGGCGGACGGAACAGGGACCGCGGCGGAAUCGGCGGACGCGCGGCGGGAAGAGAGUGAUGACAAGGCGGACAAUACAAGUGGCACUGGGGAAGCUAGUAAACCUGCAGAGAUGCUUACACAGAGAAGAAAACGCAUCUCCACCAUGCCAAAUCUUGUCAAACCCAGAGCUGGACCAUCGUGUGCUCAGCGUUCUGCACCAAAACCGCAGAGGCGAACAUCACAGGCUUCUGAUGGUAUUGCUUCACUUCAUAAGGAUCCCUCCCCAUCAGAAAAGAGUAAUGUUGAAAGCUCUGUGAAGUCUCCUAUGCUGCCUGAGAAGAAAACACCUGUGCCACAAGUGCCACAGUUUUCACCACUAAAAAAGUCUGUGAACAAAGAGCAAACUGUUGGUGUAGCUGCUCAGAAAAAUUAUUCUAGCUUGCAGAAGAGUGUACCCUCUCCUCUUAAGGAGAGACCAACACAGGAAAGAUUACAAACACAGGAGGAAAAGCUACCUGUGAAACCUUCUCCUGAGAAAGUCAAACAAACGUGUUCUGACCGUGAACGGAUCCUCAAGGCUCGGAAAUUGAGAGAAAUGCUUAAAGAAGAGCUGAAGAAAGAGCGGAUGUUGAAACACAGGCCUCCAGUAAUCGAAGGACGUUCUCCACCAGAUCGUUCUAAAAUGACCAUGAGAGACUUAAUAUACUAUCUGCCAGAAAACAAUCCUAUGAAGUCUUCAUUGGUAGAAGAAAAGAGAACAGAAAGAAGUUCUGCACUGAGUCAAAUGAAAGAACAGGAAGAGAAAAGUACUCCUGAUCAUGAAGAAGAGGAGGAGGAGGAAGAAGAGAAUGGGGAAGAGAGUCAGGAUGGCCCACUUCUCGUUCCUCGUGUGAAAGUAGCAGAAGAUGGUUCAAUCAUUCUGGAUGAAGAAAGCUUAACUGUAGAAGUUUUAAGAACAAAAGGUCCAUGUGUUGUUGAAGAAAAUGAUCCCAUCUUUGAGCGUGGCUCUACAACUACAUAUUCUAGCUUCAGGAAAAGUUUUUACACAAAACCAUGGUCAAAUAAAGAAACAGACAUGUUCUUUUUAGCUAUCAGUAUGGUAGGAACAGACUUCUCCUUGAUUGGGCAGCUAUUUCCUCACAGAGCCAGAGCAGAAAUUAAGAACAAGUUCAAACGUGAGGAAAAAGCUAAUGGAUGGAGAAUAGACAAAGCUUUCAAAGAAAAACGACCCUUUGAUUUUGAAUUCUUUGCCCAGCUGCUUGAGAAGGUCUUAGCAGAUGAGGGAAAGAGGAAGCAAAAGACUGUUAAAAGCCAGAAGCCAAAAGAAAAAAAGUCUCCAAGGCCACAGAAGAAGUCAAAAGCAAAAGCUGCCAGCACAGAAGCUGCUAAUGAUCAAGAUGAACUUCAGGAAGCUGAAAUUUCUGAUGCAGAAACAGAAGCAGAUGGUGUGACAGCUGAGAAAGAAAAUGAGGAAUCUUUGGGCAUUUCUGAACAGGCAGAAGAAGAGGUUGCAUUAGAGCCAGCAUUAGCAAAAAAGAAGAGAAAGAGGAAGAGUAAAGAUGAUCUUGAACAGGAAGUGGAGAAUAUUUCAGAAGAACUGCCUGUUCCUUCAAAAACUGCUGAAGAAGGAAAGUCCUCUAAUAAAAGGAAAAAAGUGAUACAUGAUGCAAGCAGUGAUGGUGAUACUACCUGUGAAAAUGAAGUGGAUUGUGCUGUUGAAGGAAAGCAAAAUCAGAGUGCUGUUACAGAGGAAGAGAGAUCAGAGUCCUGCUCACCACUGAAUAACCAAAUGGAGAGAGAAGGUGGUUUCAAUUUUUGCAGCCUUGAAGAUAACAAUUAUGCACUAGAAGCAGAACCUGCUAAAUUGGGAAGCAGAGAUAUUAGAGAUGAUACAUCAAGGGAAAGCCACAUUUCAGAGUUACCAGUUUCAAAUAUUAGAAGCAAGGAAACAGAAUGUGUAGAAACUACAGAAUCAAAGACUGAAGAUACAGCUCACUCACAAGAAAUAGAUGGAAAGCAGAGUGCAUCAGAAUGUGGUUCAUACUCUGAAAUCAUGAAGACUGAAAAGUCAGCAGAUAGAAGGCGUUUGCAAAGACCUAAACCCAAUUUAGUAAGAUCAUCUGGAAGGACGGAGACAGCAACACAAGACAAAACAGGAGCCAGAACUACUUCUCCAACCCUUGCAAAUGCAGGUGAAAAGUGUUCUGAAGAAGAGAGUAGAAGAAACAAAAAUGAAGUCACAGAAGUGGAUAACAGGGAUUUGGAUACUGCAUCUCAAGAACCUGAAAAAACUGCAAUUACAAACACAAUAGUUAGAGGAUAUCGACACAGAUUUAAACCUAACAUUACAAGAGCAUCUGGAAGGAAAGAAGAGCCUGAAAAAGAUGAAGGAAAUGAUAAAAUAUCCCAUCUACAGCCUAAGGAGGAAACUGAGAAGAAUAAUGACCAAGGUAAUAGAUCUGAUGAUACCAGUGAAGAUACUGCAGAAAAAGAUGACAAGGUCAUGGAGACAAUGUCACAGUCUAAUGAAACAGCUGGUUUAAAAGAAGAUAGCAAACAGAUUAUGUUGAAUCAAACGCCUCUAAAAAUAGGUAAAAUACAGAGACCAAAACCAAAUCUAGGAAGAACUGUUGCAAGGCAAAAAGAACUGAUGGAUGAAAAAGAUCCUGAAGAGGAGACAACUGAAGUUGAAGAAGCAGAAAAAAGUAUCACACACCAUGGAGAUGAAAACAAUGAUCCCUGCCUGAAAAGUGAUUUAACAGUUCAUGAAGGCACUCAGCCAUCCAGUGUGAUGUUAGACGAUGUUUCUGCAGAUUCUGAGAUGAACUCAAAUACAAGACAGUGUUUCCAAGAGAAGUCCUCAGAAGCAGAAAGCAAUGAAAGUGAAAAGAGACUGUCAGAUGUCUCCAGACAAGUUUCAGAUUAUAGUACAGGGGAAUCUCAUCCUCAAAAGAAAGAGGAGAAAACUGUUGUAUCAUCAGCUUUGCCACUGAGGAUGCAAUUCCAGAGACCAAAGCUAAAUUUAAGAACAACCAGUAGAAAGAAAGUUUUGGAUGUCAAUAGUAAAAGUGCAUCACAGAAAGUUACCAACAAGGAAGAAAUUUUGAAAGAGUGUGAUAGUGAAUGUAGCAUCAUCCUCCCUGACACAGAUAAAGUGGGAAAAUGUGAAGUCCUAAAUGCACUAGAAUCCUUGGAAAAAGAGAAGUCACUUUGCUCUCAACAGGUUUCUGAGAGGCCAUGUUUUAAGUCCCCAAAAACAUUUUCAAGACCAGAGGAUGGUGAACUGGAGUUCUGCCUACCUGAAAUUAGCCAGGAUGACAUUUCUGCCACUAUUGCAGUUGCUCAAGAAGAACGUCAGUAUGCACCUCUUGCACUUAUUCAGCUGGCACAGAACAAGAGGUACAAGCCAAACUUGGUAAGAACUAUUGGAAAGCAGGAGUUAUCAGAAAAUGAGAACAAGAAAAAGCCUGAAGCACAGCAAAGAGAUGAGUUUGACAAUACUGUCAUGAGUGAAAAUGAAGCUGUAUUGUGUGAAGCAGGUGUAUUGAGCAAAGAGGAACAGGAACAGCAAGAGAUGCCUCAGGUGCUCUCUAUUUCUGAAACUUUAUUGUCUGAACAAAGCAGUAGUACUGAAAAAUUUACCUCCCAAGAAGACAAGCUGAGUGCUCUGAAAUCAGGAAAGCCCGUAAGGAUUGAGUCUCCAAGAGCUAGACUAAACCUGGAAAGAACAUUCAGCAAAAAAGGAUUUCCAGUAGUACAAAAACUUACUGCCCCAGAUGAAGAAGGAAUGAAUCAAGGAGAGCAUCUGCCUUUGGCAGAAGAAUCUGAAAACCUUCUCUCCUCAAAAGAUGACAUGGAGGCAUUGUUGCUUGUGAGAAAUUUGGCCAAGAAUGACAAUCUAGAUACAAAUUCAAGAACCAUGACAUCAGGAUCACUUUGUUCUUCUAAAAAAUCACCAAAUUACAACAGCAAAAGAGAGCAAGAAGAGUGUCUAUCUACAGAUGCUUUAGGAAGCAUUCAGGAUACCACAGAAAGGUCCAGUGAUAAAUUAAGUUCAGGAGAAGAAAGUGAACAGAAAAGAAGGGAAUCCCCCUGGAACCCAAGGCCAGAUCUACUGAGACUUACUAGGAAAAGAGAUUAUACUGAAGAGUGUGAAAACAGAGAAGAGGACAAUCCUGAGAGAAAUGAAGAGUUUUUGGUGUUAUUAAAAACAGGUGUAUCAGGGGAAAACUCCAGUAAUACAGUGGAAGCUGGAUCCUUCUUAGAAGCUACAAGGAAACACAAUUUUGCAGAGAAUGUUGAAGAAAAGUCUCAUAAGAGAAUCAGGGAGGACAUUACACUCCAGUCUCCGGGGAUAUCAUCAGAGAGUGAGAGACACGUAGAACAAAAUAAUGAUUGUCAGCUUUCUAACUCACAGGAGAAGCGUUCAGACAGUCUCACAAGAAGGCAGUUCGGGAGAUCAAAACAGACAGCACUGCCAGAACAUGUGUUGGAGCCAAAACCUGCUAUUUCUUCUGCCUCUGAUUGUGAGGCUGAUUGCAGUGAGAAGGGGCGUAAAAGGCAAGAAGAUAAACUGAGUGUUACCAGAGGCAAAACUUUGAAAACAACACAGGGAAGAAAAUCUGGGAAGGAACCUAGAAGUUCAAAGAUAACCUUUGUCACCCUCCGGGCUUCUCAAGAGGAGGAGGAUGAGGAAGCAGAUGACUUUGAGCUUGAUGAUGAAGAUGAAUGCUUUGCAUCAGAGGAAGUAAACAAGGCUCCAGCAUUUGUUCCUAUAGGUCUUCGAUCUCCAAAACCAGUUCCUGUGCAGAUACAGGAAACCGUGGAGGAGUUGGAAAUAUCUGUGAAUAUCCCAGAUGUGGAGGUUGCUGCUUAUGCUGAAAGUCUUUCUUGUGCUUCUAUCCAACCAGUAGUACAGAGGGAAGAAGAAAGCACCUCAACAUCUGAAACAAUCAUACAUGAAAAUCCAGAUGUGGACAAAGGAAUUAAUGAUGGAAGCACUGAAGCUGCUAUGACUUUACUUGCAAUGGGUGAUCCAAAUUUCCAGUUAAAAACAAGCACUGAAGAACAGACACACAUGUUACCUGCUCCAAAUGACUUGGACACAGCUCAUAGCCUUGUAAUUAACACCUACUCCAAAGAAAAUAGAACUUCUUGUCAGUAUUUGCUUGCUUCAGAUACUUCUAUCAAGGAACUUCUGCCUUCUGAGGAUGGAAACAACAUCAAUGUAGAGCGUCAAAUCACUGGCACAAGAAUAGGUGUAGAAGAAUAUUCAGAGAUGGAUGCUACUGAUACCAGUGGUAGCUCUUUGCCUGUGAUGAAUAUGAGACUGACAGGAGGUGGAUGCCUGGAGUCUGAGCCAACCUCUGCAAUAUUGAGGUCCAGUGAAAACAUAAUGCUGGAGAUACUUAAUGCAAAUGUACUUGUGGAACAACUAGAGCAAAUUCAAACUGAUCCUGUAACCCUGAGGGAUAAUGCAGAAAUGCAGAAGGUAGAACCAGAACCAGUCAGACCAGCUGCAAGUGAUUCUUCAGUUAUUCAUGACUUUGCAUCUAGAAGUAUGGAACCUACCAAGCAAGUAGACAAAUCUGAGAGAACAGAAAAGCAGGUAAGAGAUGCUUGUGGAAAUUCAGGAGAUUUAAGACAUCUGGUUGCAUCACUAAAACCUGAAAAAUCACACCUUGGACUAGAAGAUUGUCCAAAUCCAAGUUCUGGGGAAGAACUGUCUGAGCAGAGUCCUUAUCCUCUUGAGCACCAUAUAUGUACAGUCAACUUUACUCAGAAUGAAGCUUAUACUCAGGAUGCUCAACAACGUUGCAUAAGCAGCACAGAAGAAACUUCAGCAAUAGUAGUGAAUGAUGAUCAUAGACGUCCAGAGGAAGAACAGACAUUCAUUUUAACAUUGGUGGAAAUCCCAGCUGGUUCAAAAGAGUUUGAUGCAUCUGCUAUGGUGGAACAAACUUCAGAACCAGUACUACCAGCCCCAAUACUUAUCAGCCCAAUAAAUGCAAGUGAAACAACUGUGGCUGAAGUGGAGAGUGUGGGAUCCUUGACAACUGCAGCUAAUAAGGUUCCUAGACCUUUAAACAGCACUAUGGAAGCCAAACAACUAGAGAGUGCAGUAGACCCUGUUCCAAAGUUGCAGACAGCUCAAAAACGGUUGGCUGCUGAGCUUGAAGAGAAUGACUUUUCUCCUUCCAAGAAAACUCUAUCUACUGUUGCAGGGGAAAAUAGCUUGGAAACCACUUACAAGGGUUAUUCAAUUAAAUCCACAGAUGUGCCAGUGGUAACUUCUGGGAAUCCUUUUCAAAAAACAGAGUCUUCAGCAAAGGAAAAAGUACUUACUUCUGUACUGGUGUCUGAGUCUAUCUCACAACUGGCUGAGACAAGCCAGCUUGAGAUUUUGGAGAGCUUACGGAAAGCACCACUUGAGAAUGCAGUAUCUGAAAAGGAAGAAGAGGUUAUGUCUAGAUUAACCUCUAACAGAAGAGCAGAAAUAAGUGGACAAGGAAAGCAGAAGAACGUGCAUGAAUCUGCACAGUUGGAACAUACUAGAAGCCUAGCAUCAUUUUCAAAAACUCCAUUACUCAGGGGUGGACGAAAACCAUUGGGAUUUUUAUCUUUAAUUUGCAAAAAAAGUAAUUCUGAAUCUGCAGAAGACAGCAAAGGGAAUAGAGGGAAGAUCCAAAAGCCUCGAAUUGUAACACCAAAACCAAGUCUAAAGAAACCCACUCCACCCACUAAGGAUGAGAGGGAAUCUUGUUCAUUUCCCUCUACUUCAUCAUCUGUGGAACAUGAGCAUGUAGCUACUGAUGCUGCAGUUAUGGUUCCAAGUAACAGCUCAUCUGAGAAGCAACCUCUCUGUGCUAAAGAUCAAGAGAAGGAAGGAGAACCAACCAAAAUCUCAGAAUACUUUUUCAGUGACAUCUUUAUGGAAGUGGAUGAUUCAGAAUAGCAAAUGGAUUUUAUAAAAACCUAGGAACACAGAAUGUACUGCAACAAGAAAAGAGUAUUUUAAAAGUUACAAUUUGUUCUGAUAUUCGUUAUGCCACGCCUAAUGUCAGCCAGUAAUAACAGUACUAGAUAUAAUACCAGAAAAGUGAUCUCUUUAACAUUCAGGGGAAACUGAACGUUCUUCAAAAGUGACGUAACAAAUUCAAAGGAGAAGAUGGAAAGUGAGGGCUGAAAAAGCCUCAUCUCCUGUUCCUCCUCUAACAAACUGAGUGCAAUUCCUAAUAAACACCCAAAACAUGCUGCUGGAACUGGGAUGCAGGGUUCGACAAAGAAACCAUAAACCAAACAUAUCUUGAACAAGCUCCAGUACCUAUAUAAGCCAUUAUCACUGAGCCCAGCACAACAGCAACCCAAAUCCGUGCUCCUCUACUGUAAAAGCUACAUGUUAGGGACAAUACUGGAGCUAUCUCCAGGUAAGAAAAUAAGCCUAGGGACCAGAAAGGUAUUAAAACCUCCAAACAGCCUAGGGGCCAAAGACAGGUGAAGGCUGCCACCCAGAGAGAAGUGAAUUCAGGCAACAUGGCUACUGAUUGCUUUAUCUCAGCACAGAGUAAGUACAACCAAAAUGCAAUCAGUACAGGUUUUUUUCUCACUUUCUUGAGCCACAUGUUGGGCACCAAAGCAAUGUAUUUGUCUUGGUUUAGGGCAAAUUUGGGAGGAAACUUUCAAAGGGGUCCCUCUAGAUAGCAGAUUCAAGCAACCCCUCCCCCAACUGGUUUUGAAAGAUUUCCCUGGAGAAAAGUGGAAAGAAUCUGUUUAUUUAACAAGCAAAGUGUUCACAAGCAUAAAAAAUGAACUUUAUUAAACAAUAAAACCUCUUGCUGUUCUGAAGAGAUGGCAAAUUCAGAGAGUCCUUUUCAUGGAGUUUAGCUCAGCUCACUCAGCCAGUUAUCAGUUUCUCCUGCACUGGAAAAUGCCACGUCCUGGGCUCCAGUGGGCCACAGUCAUGAGCUCCUGGUGUUUUUCAGGGUUUUCAGUCCAGAGCAAGGGUGAUCAGUUCCCAAAAAAAAAGAAAAGCCACAGUACAGGGAACUUCUCUGCCUGAGGUAGCUAAAAACUAGCUAAAAGCAAAGGAAAACUCUCUCAUGCCGUCUUGUCUGUUCUGCAAACAGCACAGUCUGUGAGAGAGAAUGCAGAGGAGCAAGUGCAGCUUCUGAUAACAAACUCUGCACUUCUCUUCCCCUUCACUCUCGGAACCAGUCUUAAAGGUACACUUAACAUCCAGCAUCAACAGAACAUAUGAUUAGGAAUACAAGCAUCAUAAAUUCACCCUAGCACAUGUUGUUAAUUAAUGCCAUAAAUGAAAUGGAUUCUUUCUGAAGCAACCUAGGCACUUUCAAAAUGCUGACAUAGUCUAAACCACUACAAUGAUGUCAUAGGACCAGACUACCAACUGCCAGCUUAUGGUUUCACUUGUUUAGACACUGAUAGUGAGUGCAUGACUAUCCUGCAGAAAAGUGCAAUGAAAUAAUGUUUAAUCUUGCAACAAGUAUUCUUUUCCAUUUUAAUGCUUCUUGGUACUGACUAUUCAAGUUCUUUGCUUCUUUUUGUGAAGUAUGUUACUUUAGAAGAAGGAAUGAACCUUUUGGGUAUAAUGUAAUAUCUGAAGAUCAGAAUGCAAAUACUGGAAGUGGUGUAGUGAAUACAUAUGUAUAUAUGUCAAGCACUGCGGGUGUUUUUAUUUGAAUCUCCAAAUUACAUAUUUUUGUAAGAGUUUUUUAACCACGUAAUUUAAAAAAUCAUAACCUGAAAAGCCUAAUAGGAUUGGUUCCUUAAGAAUUUGUUGAAAACUUAAAAACACAAUGUACUAAAAAAAGGUUUGCAACCUUUUUUAUCACUUGGAGGAACAGAUUGAUGUUUCCUAGUAUAAAUGCUAAUUUUCUUCUAAAUUGGAAAACAAAGAUAUAGAUACAAUUUCUUUUCCUUAUUUUUACAUGUAGUUGUUUGUAUAUUUACUGACUUUCUUGGUUUUCCUUGUGCAAAAUAGCACAAAGAGAUUGGAUUUAAACCAUUAUACAAUGUCACUUUGAGGAUUUGCUGCUUUGAAUCUCUUGAAUUAAAAGGGUCUUAUGUGCAUGUCUGCUUAUACUGUAACUUGCCAUAAAAUUCUGUUUUAGCUUUAGAUUUUAGUUUAAAUUUUUUUGUACUUCCUCAAGAAAUUUGUCUGGGUGAGGUAAUUACGUUUAUGCACUCUUAAAGUCAGGUGGUCGCUAAAAGAUCCAAUAUUUAGUCUGAAACUCCUGCUUGCAUGAGCUUGAGUAGUCUUAAAAUUUUUCCCAUUACUUGAUAUUGGCAGGUACUUUUGCAAAGCAAUUUACUAUAAAGGUGAAACUGAUGUUUAAAUGGUAUUGUUAAUGUUCUCAAGAAACCUGUCAUCAGGUUUGGACUGGGUAAUCCUUUAUUGGCAGGUAAAUAAUAUAUAUAUGUAGUUAAUUUUGAAAUAGUUGAUGAAGUUUGUUUUUCUUUUCAGAAGUUAUUGGCAAGGCUUCUGAAGGAACCUUUAAACUUUUGUGAGAUAGGAGAAAUAUAGCAAAAAGCUCACGUUAGUGCAAAUUGGUAUAUUAGCUCUGCCAGUGAAAUGUCACUAGCAAUACUAUUCCUUGAGGUGAUGGAAAAGGGACUAGUGGUCCCAGUGUAAGUAAUUUACUUGAAAGCAUCUGAGCAACCCACCUCUUCCCCCAAAAUCCCCUCAAAAAUACCAACAACAGUUUCUGUUCAGAUGAUAUCUUGUGCUUUGCCUAAUCUAACUUGAAAUGUUUAUUUGAAUAUUGUUUUACUAUAAACAUAUGAAAGAGAUUAAUGUAUACAUGUAAUUCUAUGUAUUGUAUAUCUUGUAGAUAUUAAGUAUGCACGUGUUUACUUCCUGAUAUGUCUGGCAUGUUUUAUAUCAAUUGCACUUAUAGAGCCUAAAUAUAGAUUCUUGGGGGGUGGCUAUGAAAUAAAUGCUGUGAGUACCUUCUGAGGGGAUAAUCAUUGUACAUUUAGUUGCAUACAUUUUAGCUUGCAUUUAUGUUACAAGGGGGGAAAAAAUCAACUACUUCAUUACUAAGAUUUAUGGUGCCUUAUCUGCAUUGUUAACUGGGGCUAUGCUUUCUUUUUCCUUGCAGCGAAUUACAUGCACUUUGUUAGAGGAAUUUUUUUUUAAGAACAAAUUUAAUUUGAAUAGAAUUAAGAGAAAUUAAGAGAAUUUUGUGUUCUGUUUUAUGUACAGAAGUUUUAUAAUGAUGAAGGAUGUAAGAAAAUAUAGUUGAAAUCUCAAUUCGUAUGAGUAGCAUUUUUAUAAAGAUGUAGCAUAAAACUGCUUUGCUUAGAGUUGUCUGACGCCCUGUAUCAUCACAUAUAAGCUUUCUGUGUCAAAGGAAAUAGUCCUAUUCUGUAUGUAAAUUAUGUGACUAAAUUAUUUUCUUUUACCUAUA